AUGUCAUCUGUUAGACCUGCAGAUCAAGCCUUCAACCGUGAGGCAAUUGAGGCUGUUUUGAAGAGGAGAUUCUUCUAUGGCCCAGCCUUUGACAUCUAUGGUGGUGUCUCCGGUCUAUAUGACUAUGGUCCACCAGGCUGUGCUCUCCAGGCAAAUAUUGUUGACACAUGGAGAAAACACUUUGUUCUGGAGGAGGAUAUGCUGGAAGUUGAUACUACUAUGCUUACUCCUCAUGAGGUUCUUAAAACUUCUGGCCACGUUGAUAAGUUUGCUGAUUGGAUGUGCAAGGAUCCAGCUACUGGAGAGAUUUUCCGUGCUGAUCACCUUGUCGAAGAAGUUCUCGAGAGCAGACUCAAAGGCAACCUUGAGGCCCGUGGUUUGAAUAUUGAUGCGCCCAAAGAGGAUGACAAGAAACGCAAGAAGAAGGUUAAGGAGAUCAAGGUUGUCAAGCUUGAAGAUGAAGUUGUUGAAGAGUACGAAACUAUUCUUGCCAAGAUUGAUGGUUACUCCGGAGAAGAGCUUGGGGAAAUUAUUGAAAAGUAUAAUAUCACCAACCCCGGAUCUGGUGGGAAGCUCCAUCCUCCUGUUGCUUUCAAUCUUAUGUUUGAAACAGCUAUUGGGCCCUCUGGUCAACUUAAGGGUUAUUUGAGACCCGAAACUGCUCAAGGCCAGUUUUUAAACUUUUCCAAGCUCUUGGAUUUUAACAACCUGAAGAUGCCUUUUGCAUCUGCAUCUAUUGGCAAAUCUUUCAGAAAUGAAAUUUCACCUCGUUCUGGUUUGCUCCGUGUCCGUGAAUUUUUGAUGGCUGAGAUUGAGCACUUUGUGGAUCCUAAGGAUAAACGCCACAAGCGCUUUAAAGAGGUUUCUGAUCUCAAGCUCAGGUUUCUUCCAAAGGAUGUUCAAGCUGCUGGAAAAACUGAUAUCACCGAAGCCACUAUUGGAGACGCUGUUUCCUCAGGCAUGGUUGACAAUGAAACCCUUGGUUACUUUUUAGGCCGUGUUUUCCUCUUCUUGACUAAGAUUGGUGUUAAUCCUGAGAGGCUUAGAUUUAGACAGCACAUGGCUAAUGAAAUGGCUCAUUACGCUGCCGACUGUUGGGAUGCCGAGUUGCACUCUUCAUAUGGGUGGAUUGAGUGUGUUGGUACUGCUGAUCGCUCUGCUUACGACUUGACGGUUCACGCAGCUCGCACCAAGGAAAAGCUUGUUGUCCGUGAAACUCUUGAGGAGCCAAUUACUGUCGAAGCCUUUGAAGUUGAUUUUGAUAAGAAAAAGUUUGGUCCUAAGUUCCGCAAGGACGCUCCUAAGAUUGAAAACUUCUUAACUACCCGCAACCAGUGCGAGCUUGAGAAUCUUGGUGACGAGCUUACUAAAGAUGGCAAGAUUGUUGUCGACAUUGACGGUGUUGAAGGUAAGGUUGAAAUUGAUAGCUCUCUUAUCAGCAUUGAGAAAAAGACGAAAACUGAGCACAUUCGCGAGUAUACCCCCAAUGUCAUAGAGCCUUCCUUUGGUAUUGGUCGCAUUCUGUACUGUAUUCUUGAGCACAGUUUCUGGACCCGCCCUGAAGACUCUGCUCGUGGUGUCUUGUCCUUCAAGCCUCUUGUUGCUCCCACUAAGGUUCUUGUUGUUCCUCUUUCAAGCAACGAGGCAUUUGCUCCCAUCACUCAAGAUGUUAUCAGCAGCCUCAGAAAGCUUGGUAUUUCUUCCAAGGCAGACGAUUCCUCAGUUUCAAUUGGCAAGAGAUACUCUCGUAACGAUGAGCUUGGCACUCCUUUUGGUGUGACUAUCGACUUCCAGACUGUUAAGGAUGGGUCUAUCACUUUGCGUGAACGUGAUUCGACGAAGCAAGUCCGUGGCUCGCAAAAGGAUGUUUUGGCUGCUAUUCAAGCCAUGGUUAACGGUACUUCUUGGGAAGAAGGAACUAAGGAUCUCAAUGUUUUCGAGGGUCAACAGGAAUAA